AUGGCUUCCAAGUUUCUCAGAGAAUACAAGCUGGUCGUAGUUGGUGGUGGCGGCGUCGGUAAAUCUUGUUUGACUAUCCAGUUGAUCCAGAGCCACUUUGUCGACGAAUAUGACCCGACGAUCGAAGAUUCCUUACCGCAAGCAGCAGAGCUUGAGGAAAUCACGACAUUCCAGCAACAGAUCCUGCGCGUGAAAGACAAGGACUACUUCCCCAUGGUCGUUGUCGGCAACAAGUGCGAUCUCGAAGGCGAGCGCGAAGUCACGAGGCAGGAGGGCGAGGCACUCGCCAAGUCGUUCGGCUGCAAGUUCAUCGAGACAUCGGCAAAGUCCCGGAUCAAUGUCGACAAGGCGUUUUACGACAUUGUGCGCGAGAUUCGACGAUACAACCGCGAGAUGCAGGGAUACUCAACCGGCAGUGGUGGCAACUCUGGCACCAACGGGCCGCCGAAGCCCAUGGAUAUGGACAAUGGCGAACAGGAGGCAGGCUGCUGCGCGAAGUGCGUGCUAAUGUAA